CAAUUACAACUGUUAUAUUUCAUUAAGAGCUACUUUCUACAAGAUCUUUUUCGAUUGAAGUUCUGUCUUCUGCACGAGAUUGAUCAAGCUAGCAUUAUGUGACAUUUCAAUAUUUUUGUUCAGGCUUGUAAAGAAUUAAACUGUGUAGGAACUGUAACUGGGAUAGAUGCUACAUAUAGUAUGCUUCAUCAUUCAUGUUAUAUUUAUGUUUUUAAGUGAAAAGUGUAAAAUGUAACAAACAUUUUAAAAUUAUUUUUCAAACAAAACCGCACACGAUGUUACGGAGUUCGAAUGAUAAUGUGGACAAUGGGACAGCUGAGCGGACGAACAACGGAAACGUAUGGACGCUGAGAUUUCUGGAGAAUCUUGGCCAUAGCCUGAGGGAGCAACAGCGUUCUGGACUACAUUGUGACGUCACCAUUCGAGUUCAGGGCGUUUCUUUCAAAUGCCAUAAGGCGAUCUUAUGUGCUGUAUCGCCAUAUUUCACAGCAAUGUUCGCACACGAUAUGAAAGAGUCCCGCGAGUCUGAGGUAACCUUUCACGAGACAAAGGCGGAUGUUUUCGAACUCCUUCUGGACCUUGUAUAUAACGGCAGAGAUAUUAUAGCAGACGACAACAUUCAAGACAUACUGGAACUUUCUACAAUGAUGCAGAUAGACGUUAUAAUAGAAAGAAUUGAAGACUUCUUAAGGGAAAAGCUUUCGACUGACAAUUUUAUAGAUAUCUGGUAUCUCGCCAAGAAAUACAACUGUCAGCGUUUAGUAAAAUUCGUCUGGAAAUUCAUGACGCUGAAUUUCGAAAGUCUUUCCUCUAGCGGAGAACUUGAUUUAUUGCCGUACGAUACGCUCAUUUCUUUGUUGAAAGACGACUUCCUUGUGGCUAAGUCCGAAGAUCUCGUCUGCAACGCUGCUUUAAACUGGCUUUUAGCUGACCAUGAUAGCCGCAAAUCACAUACUUCAAAGAUUAUUUCUGUCCUGCGUCUACCACUGUGUACACCAGAAUAUAUUAUGAACAAAUUCAGCCAAUCAGAGCAAGUAAAACAUUUACCGGAAGCUGUAUCUGCAUGCCAAGACGCCCUUAGAUACCGGAUGUGCUUAGCACAAAAACAAAAUUUUACGUCGUUGCAGACGACCAAUAGAACUGCUAGCCGUCAAGAUGACGUCAUGGUAGUUAUUGGAGGGACAGAUACUUCAGAAUAUUCUGGCUCGGGAGUGCGAUGCUACAGUUUCCAAGGAAGAAAAUGGUAUACUUUACCACCGCUGCCAAAAUCUGUCGGACCAUACUAUGCAGUGUGUACGUUUGGUGAUGACAUUUAUGUUUCUGGCGGGCAGUACCAUCGAGAAACGUUCCAUAGAUUCCAGUCAGCAACCUGCUCCUGGUUAACAUUGCCGAAAAUGAUAAACGGAAGGUAUCAACAUGCGAUGGUUGCCGUUGGUGAUUCCAUUUAUGUUGUGGGUGGUGAAGGUAGCAGCAAAAUUAAGGAAAUUGACGAAUAUCAGGUAAACAAUGGAUCAUGGGAAAGUUCAGGAGAACUUAUGGAAGACAUAUCUUACGCUAACGCCACUGCCGUCGGUCAGACGAUAUUAAUAUUUGGCGGGAACAACACAGAUAACAAAUACAGCGAAUCAGUUCAAAUCUAUGACACGUACAGUAAACAAGUGACGCACAUGAAGUCAAUCACGUUACCAGGAGUCGGUUGUCACACAGUUACGUGCGAUUCUACCGUGUAUGUUAUUUCUGCAGACGGUCACGUUUCAAGCAUUACAAACAACAUGGAAGUUCAUCUCGCGGGAAUAAUAAAACAGUUUGAUCCUAAAAGAUUCGCUGUUGUGCAAUACAGAGGUAUAUUUUACGUAGUUACUUGUUCAAGACGUGUUCAAGACACCAAUGAAACGGCAAAAGUUCUGAUUAUUGAUCCAAUGUCUAUGGAAGUCUUGGAGACUUUAAAUGUACCUCCAGUUGGCAACAUGCCAUGGCUGAGAAGUGGUACUAGGUUAACAAGCGCUAAAAUUUCAAUUGGUAAACACUAUUUACAAGAACUAAUCACCAGCGAGGUACAAAAAUAAAUGGACAUGCUCCUGGACAGUGCAUGUUUCAGGACAAUAUAGUAAGAGCACAUGCAUUUUACUGGAAAUAUUGUAGACGAAUAGAACAAUGAUAAAAUAUGAAUCUGGGUGUUGGUGGAACAAUAGAACAAUAAUUGUCUAAUAACUCAGGGCAAAAC